AUGAGCCCAAUUUCGAUACUCUGCGAAGACUCGAAAUUGAAAAAAGGUGCUGCCAACUUCGAAAGCUGGAAGAAAGGCAUCUAUCAACAUAUUUCGGGGAAAUAUGGUACAAAAGUCCACGACUGGACUUUGGUGUUAUUUGGAGACACCGCAUACUCCUUCGGUCGACACGCUGAAGAAACAGAGGAGGGUCACGAAGAACUUAUUAAUGCCUUUAACACUGCUAUAAUGCACGUCUUUAGACAUUACGUUACUGUCCCUGAUAUUGUGAAUAAGAUGCCCACAUUGAAUGCUGAAGGGGUUGCAGCAUUGAUUAUCAAAGACUUUGGGAGAAAUGACAUUGUCAGUCUCAUGAAGAAAUAUGUUGCCCAUCGUGAGAAUUAUGAAGAUUUUACUGCCCGAUUCGCCUUGUAUCCGUUGGAAAUUGGUCAACUAGUUGAAAGACUUUCCCCUGAAGAACGUCACGCCUUUAAUGGAUUCUUUGUUGUCCAGCCACUCAGUUUGCAAAAGGCAUACAUUGAAGGUCUUACUGAAUACCAUUCUCCUACUCAGAUUGAUGUUGACAGAAUGGUGGCAUGGUUUGAACGUCGGAAGGCAGCUGUGAACAAAGUUCAGGAAAACAAGGGUAAAUCGAAGAAAAAGAACGGCGGUGCCUCAGCUGCUAAAGAGGAUGCCAAAGAAUCCCAGUCUACUCUGUCUGUACCAAGUGAACGUAAGUCAACCUAUCAUUCUGUAAGCAAGUCUCCCUCAAAACCAUUUGCAGUGGAUACUGGAACUAGGAAGCAUGUGAUUUCUGACACUCACCUCCUUACCAAUGUUAGACUGCACAACGUUACACUUCAGAGUUUUACUGGUGCACCAAUCAAGGUCACUAAGGUUGGUGACCUUGUUACGAAUCUCGGCAUUACACUCAAAGAUGCUCGUGCAUGUCCAUCAGCAAAGUUCAACCUUAUAUCACCACUUCAACUUGUAAGGGACAAGAUUCCGUUCAAGAUUGUGAACAAUAAGGUCUUCAUCAACAAGAAAUUUGUGUGCUACUUGGAAGACAUGUGUGAUGUCAAUAACUUAGUCGGUCAAACUGUUGAAGACAACUCCCUGUCAACUGAUCCCAUAACAUUGCAUAAUCGGAUGGGGCAUCCUGCAGAUGCAAUCUCACAAAACUGUGUGACGUGUGGUGUUGCUAAGAUUACACUGCGUAAACCUAAGCAGGGCAAACAUCCGGCAAAGGCGCCGGGUGAACGUCUCUCAGUUGACCUUGCCCAUCAAUCUGCAGACAGUCCCCAAGGUUAUCGCUGGGCAAUGGUGAUUCAUGACGAUUUCACUGGUCACAAUACCUCAGUCAUACUUCUGGAGAAAGCUCAGGCGGCCAACGAGCUUAUACAACAGAUUAAGUACAUUGAGCGUCAAUAUGGAUAUCGCAUCAGACGUUUGCGUGUCGACAAUGGCAAAGAAUUCGACAACAAGACACUUCAAGAGUACUGCAAGACUGAAGGUAUAAGGCUUCAACCAACGUCUGCACAUGCGCUGUUUCAAAACGGUGCUGCUGAACGUGCUAUUCGAACUAUACGUGAAAAGGAGACAGCUCUCAGACACAUGAGUGGUGUACCAGCGUACAUGUGGCCCUAUUCGUGGCGAAUGGCUACUCUCCUCGUCAAUCUCACUAAGCUCAAGAACCAGUCGAAAUCUCCAUGGGAACGCUUUCGUACUGGUGAGACACCCCCCAAGGUGUGGACAUUUGGAUGUCAGGCUGUGGGCGACGUCCCUAAGGGACAUCCGAAUUAUAAGGGCCUCUCGGCGCAUGGUGCUGAGGGUGUUUACCUUGGGCCUGAUAUGACUCGUCGUGCUGACUUUGUUUGGACUUGCCACGAUGGCAAUGUGGUUGUCACACCCACUAUCAAGGUCUAUGAACGGUCUUUCCCCCUCAAGACGAACCCUGAUUACGUCAAGUUUGCUUCACCCCGUCGGGGUGCUCCUCAAAUUGGUAUCAGUCCCAUGCCUAUUCAAAUCUGGACUCUGGCAUCAGCGCUGAUCGAGGAUUCCCAGUCAACUGCACUCACACUGGCCCCUUCAUCUCCAGAUUUUCAGGAUGAUACUUCCAUGGAUUCUGAAUCUGAUGUGCGGUCUCACAACUCGUCGACGCACCCUCAUGAUGUCAUUACGGUGUCCUCGUCGUCCGGAUCACUGCUGUCAUCCAGAGCUCCCUCGCAGCCAUCACCGGGUACACAUCCCGUGCUUCUUCAAACCUUGGGAGUCCCUCCAGAGUCGCCCGUCUCUGCGUCAUCCACUCAGCCAAGUGAUGACGAACUGGUUGAUGAUAUUGCACUUGACCCUGAUUACCAAGCCGGUUCUUCCGAGUCUGCCACUGAAGUUUCUCUUGCUGAUGUUCGCUAUGAUCUUCGGGAGUUGACGGAUGACGAGUACGUCCAACCUGACGCCACUUCGGAAUCUGCUGCUGAGUGGUUUUCCGCCGCAGGGAAGUCAGAAGCAGGGGAGUCAGAAGCAGGAGAGCCAGAAGUAGGGGAGUCAGAAACAGGGAAGUCAGAAGCAGGGGAGCCUACUAUCUCCCGAACAUCCGAAGUGUCUGCCUCUGAUGGGCCUGCUGAAGUGCACCCUACUCCAGCACUGACUCAUUCUCUGGGCUCGGCGUCGCUGUCGCGUCUGCUGCCUCAGAACCCUCUUGGUACUGACACGACCACUCAAGUCGCACCUGACACGUCACAGUCUGCCACACUGUCCGCUUCCCAACAACCACUCACCCCGGCCCCUUUACGACCCUCAGACAGUGUUCUAGGCAAACGAACCCGCAAUGAGAUAACUCCGAGUCCCCCUCGUCCCACAAGUGAUGUCAAACGCCCUCGUGACGGUGACUCUGAUGGGUCGGACUCUGACGUGGUACACAUUCUGACGAAGCCGAUUGAAGUUGUCUCUGUGGACUCUCCACUGUCACUGGAUAGUGAUUCUAAGCGUGCUGACCCUGACUACGAGGAUUCAGUCAAUUUGGUUAAGCCUGCUCUGCCCAGGGGAGAGGGUGACAAGUCAAAGGGGACAAAACAGCCGAAACCGUGGAGUCCCACAGAUCCAAAGAAGCAUGACCCAAAACAUCCAACCAUUGCACAAGCCUGGAACGGUCCUCAAAAAGAGCAAUGGAAAGCUGCCAUAGGGAUGGACGGAGGCGAGCUUGGGUCACUCAUUAAGUUGAAUGCUAUCAAACCAGUUUAUGAAGUGCCGAAAGGAAAGAAGGUACUUCCGACCACCAUGUUACUCGGUAAGAAAGAGAUCGAGAAAUUCAAAGCCCGGUUAGUUGCACUCGGUAAUCUUCAGAAAAUGGGUGUUGAUUUCGAUGAAACAUACAGUAGUGUCAUACUGUAUAUGUCAGUGAGAUUUCUUACUGCNGGUGUUGAUUUCGAUGAAACAUACAGUAGUGUCAUACUGUAUAUGUCAGUGAGAUUUCUUACUGCGAUGGCGGCGUCUCAAAAUAUGCAUGUUCACCACAUGGACGUAUCUACAGCCUUCCUCAAUGCUGACAUUGACAGGGAAAUUUACAUCAGACUCCCCGACGCCAUCACUGAUGAAAUGCUUGAAGAACUCGGUUUCCCUUACAAAACCAGAAUCUUCCUUCUUCAAAAGAGCUUGUACGGUCUUAGACAGGCUCCUCUCAUGUGGAAUCUUGAGGUCAUUGCAACAUUGACGAACUUGGGUUUCAAACAGAACAAUGCCGAAGAUGGUUUGUUUCAUACUACCUACAAUGGACACCGUGUUGAGUUAGGACUCUAUGUCGAUGACAUUCUUAUCUGCUGUGAAGAUAUGGACACGUUGAAUUACUUCAAGAAACGAUUGAUGACUGUCUAUGAAAUGAAAGAUCUUGGACCUGUGAGAAAGUUCUUACUGAUGAAUUUCAAGGUUGAUGAAGAAGGUAUUCACAUUAGUCAUGAGGACUACAUUGAUAGAAUCGUAUCAGAAGAAGGUCUUGACGAUGCAAACCCACUGAAAGUUCCAAUGUCUCCUGGGUUCCAACUUGAAGGAAUUGAUUCUCCGUUACUUGAUGAGACUGGCAUCGUGCAAUACCAGUCAAGGAUGGGCAAAAUCCAGUAUGCUACCAAUUCAGUGAGAUAUGACCUAGCAUUUGCUACCGGUGUGUUGAGUCGCCACAAUCACAACCCAACCCAAGCCCACCUUGAGGCAUCUAAGCGAGUUUUGCAGUAUCUCAAGGGACUGAAGAAUUUUUCACUCACUUACCGUUGGGGAGCACCCCUUCAACUUGAAGCUUAUGCGGAUGCAUCGUACAAUUGCUAUCCAUCCAAGGGUAAGAGUAUUGGAGGUUAUCUUAUCAACCUUAAGGGUAAUUCACCAAUUGCCUGGCAACUGAAGCGUCAACCUUUAGUUGCAACAUCUACGUGCUAUGCUGAGUACGUUGCCCUUUACCAUGUUGGUCACAUGAUCGAAUACAUGAACUACAUCGUGAAAGGUGCCGGAUUCCAAUCUU